UUAGGCUAUGUGUCUCUGUCAGAGUUGCCAAGGAAACAAUUGAGGAAGUUAAGAAUCUUGGUGCCUUUUCGAUUUUCAACCAACACAUCCGUACCAUCGACCGAGCGUCAUGUCUAGGAAGGGUGCUCAUCAACAUCAACAGGCUUCUCAGCAGAUCCCCUCUUUGGUGGAGCUGGAUGAGGUUGACCUGGAGGAAAAUGAGGCGCAGGUCAACGUUAACCUACUUCCUGGGCUGACAGGGGCAGUUACUAGACUUAUGGUUGGCUUUAGGGAGGAUGACGUGGAGACUCAGUUUGGACAGGUCCACUGCACCAUGAAGGGGGUUCCCAAGGGCAGCCGCCCCGUCAUCAUGACCUUCCAUGAUAUUGGACUGAACUACAAGUCGUGCUUCAACCCCCUGUUCAGCCACGAGGACAUGCAGGAGAUCAUGAGGCACUUUGCCGUGUGCCACGUUGAUGCCCCUGGGCAGCAUGAGGGUGCCUCCACUCUCUCCACUGAGUACACCUACCCCUCUAUGGACCAGCUCUCUGAGACUCUCCCUCAGGUCCUCAAGCACUUUCGGUUUAAGAGUAUCAUUGGACUGGGCAGCGGUGCUGGUGCCUACGUCCUCGCUAAAUUUGCUCUGAACCAUCCAGAUAAGGUUGAGGGACUUGUUCUCAUCAACAUCAAUGCACGUGCCGAGAGCGUGAUAGAUUCACUUACACACAAGAUGACUGGCUGGAUCCAAGCACUGCCUGAUCAUGUUCUAAACCACAUGUUUGGAAAGGAGGAGAUCCAGAACAACCCUGAUCUGAUCGCCACAUACCGCAACCACAUCACCAAUGAUGUCAACCAGUCCAACCUGGCCCAGUUCUUCAAGUCCUACCAGAGCCGCAGGGGCCUGGAGAUCGAGAGGCCUGUCCCAAGGGGAAACAUUAACGCCAGAACUCUGAAGUGCCCUGCUCUGUUGGUGGUGGGAGACAGCUCCCCUGCAGUCGAGGCUGUGGUCGAGAGCAACGCAAAGCUUAACCCAACACAGACCACACUGCUCAAGAUGGCUGACUGUGGAGGACUUCCCCAGGUGAGCCAGCCUGGCAAACUGACAGAGGCCUUCAAGUACUUCAUCCAGGGCAUGGGUUACAUGUCCUCAGCCAGCAUGACCAGACUGGUGAGGUCCCGCACCGCCUCAGGCUCCAGCAUCGCCUCCUGCGACAGCAGCAGGAGCCGCUCUCACACCAACGACAACCAGCCUGCCCGGGAGCACACCGAUGUGUCCAUGGAGAAUGUAUCUAACAGCACCGUAGAUCAGACCGUUGUCAUGUCCAGCAGGAAGACUGAGGACGCCUGCUAGUGCCCUGGUCACUGAAAGGUCAUAGGUUGUCUCCUAAAUGGCUCCCUAUUUCCUUUAUAGUGCACUACUGUUGACGUCAAAAGUAGUGCACAAUGUGGGAAAUAGGGGAGCCAUUUGGGACACAGCCCCAGUGUCCCUAAACCCUGACCUCAUAACCCGUCCUGUCUACCCUACUGCCUGUGUUGCUGUUGACAACACACCUCAUAACCCCUGUCCUGUCCUGUCUACCCUACUGCCUGUGUUGCUGCUGACAACAAACCUCAUAACCCCUGUCCUGUCCUGUCUACCCUACUGCCUGUGUUGCUGCUGACAACAAACCUCAUAACCCCUGUCCUGUCCUGUCUACCCUACUGCCUGUGUUGCUGCUGACAACAAACCUCAUAACCCCUGUCCUGUCUACCCUACUGCCUGUGUUGCUGCUGACAACACACCUCAUAACCCCUGUCCUGUCUACCCUACUGCCUGUGUUGCUGCUGACAAUAAACCUCCUAACCCCUGUCCUGUCUACCCUACUGCCUGUGUUGCUGCUGACAACACACCUCAUAACCCCUGUCCUGUCUACCCUACUGCCUGU